AUGCCUGCCAAAGGUAUUUUAUGUGUUAUUUGUGGUACUCGAGGUCGAUAUCGUCGUUCACAAUUUACGAAAAUCUGUACAAUUGAAAGAGAAGAGAAGAUUCGUGAAGGUUAUCGCCGUCGACUAAAAAAAGAAUUAAAUUCGUCACUUUUUAAUGAACAAAUACAUUUAUCUUGUUACAAGUCACUUGUUUAUGACAUAGGACCACUUUCAAUAAAUUCCGGAGCUGGUCGAUCGAGGCGAAGAAAAUGCUACUCUAGACAAUUACCACAUUCUAAUUCUUCUUUAACUGUUGUUACUAGUGAUCGUUCAACAUUUACAAUUACUUCGUAUGAUUUAUCUACUGCAAGCAACAAUACUGAUGUAUUUCCUACUACAUGUUCUAAUGAAAAUGAACGACCAAACUAUGAUUGUAACGACAUAACUGAUAUGAAUUCGUCUUUAAAUGAUCACUCCAAAAAUUUAGAAUUGACUGAAGAACCAUGUAAUGUUAAUUUAUCAGUUCAUACACUAUCAGAUGAUGAUGCAUGUUUGUCGAUUGGUACUGUCCAUCAAUCUAUUCGUAACACCGAACUAUGUACACUUUCAGAACAAUAUUUAACUCCUUCAAGUAUCAAUAGUGGAAUUGCUAAACAAAUUAAUACUGAAAAGGAACAAUUGACACCCGUUUAUAGUGAAGAACCAUUCCAAUCUAUUCAGCUUGAAGAGGAUCAGUUAUCAACUGUAAUGGAUGUCAACAAUAAUAAUGAUAUUAGUAUGAACAAUUUAGUUAAACAUGGAAAUAUGCGGAAACUACCAUCUCGACCAAAACGAAGGAGGCAAACACGAAUGUCAUCAAAACGUGAUAUUCAUGGAAAAUCAACCAGGUAUGAAAUGAGACCACCAUGUCCAGAUACUACUGAAGAAAUUAAUUUGUAUUCGAAUGGUUUUGAAGAACUCUGUGCUUAG